UCACGGCAUAGGUCGGUCGACGCUUGACUCUCUGUUGUUUGUUGGUACUUGGGUUUUUCGCCCAUCGUCUGUUGAUUUUUCAGAAAUUUCAGUGUUCAAUAAAUCAUAAAACCUUUUCUAAUUCUCCCAAAUUUUAAGCUCUCUGGUCUGGGUUUUUUAAUUUCUGGUCGUAAUUAGAGUCUUUCAACAGCCAAUGAAGCAUCAAUUAAGGCGCAUCUAAUCGUGGAUUACGCGCUUAAUUUUUUCCUGUCUGAGAUUUCUGGACUUUGAUCCCUUUCCAACCUUCAGGGUGCUGAUACAUUGCUACAACAGGAACUUUGGCAAUUUAGAAAAUAUGGGACAGUGCUUCACUAAGGCUCAGUCUGAUCAAGCUGAUUCAGACCAGCAUGUUGAGUUUGUUGGUGGGAAUGUACACCCUGUUACCUCCAAAGAGGAUUGGGAUCAGAAGUUGUCCGAAGCGAAGAGGGAUGGCAAGAUUGUAAUUGCAAACUUCAGUGCAGCAUGGUGUGGACCUUGUAGAAUGCUUGCACCAUUUUUUUGUGAUCUCUCAGAGAAAUACCCAUCUCUUAUGUUCUUGUUGAUUGAUGUUGAUGAACUAACUGACUUCAGCACUUCGUGGGAUAUUAAAGCUACUCCGACCUUCUUCUUUCUUAAGAAUGGGCAGCAAAUUGACAAGCUUGUUGGAGCAAACAAACCGGAGUUGCAGAAGAAGAUUACUGCCAUUUUAGAUUCGGCAGCCAAAUCUGGGCAAUGACAAUUUAUAGUGGUUCCUGCUUCAUAGCUUACUCUUCCCGCUGAACAUUUUGUGUUGUUCUGAGUUUUGGUUGGUUGCAUGUAAUUUUUAAACUUGUCUUUGUGUAUUUAUAUUAAAUACCAUUUUUUUUUCUUUUUUGCCUCGUCAUGUAAAUAUGACCAUAUCUGGUUGCAUCUACGGCUCUUCCUUUAGAAGGCCAAUGACCUGGUCCUUGCUGCU